ACGAGGCGAUGGUACCGGUCUCCCGUUUUAAGUAGCCGGCGCAUGUGGAAGUCAUACCCGAUGGGGGCAUCUCUGCUACCACUAAUUCGCGCUGGCGUGACGGUACAGUUCAUACACCGUUGUUGAAGAGCUCGAGAUGGCUGAAAACGGCACAGUGCAUGCGCAACCCUCUCGGGGCCGCGCACUCGGGUACUCCAGUACUCCUAUGGCCAAGCAUUCGCUGCACAUGGUGUCAAAGCGAUUCAGACCAAAUUAAAAUUCCCCGCUUCCUAGAUAAUCGACCAUCUAGCGCACAUGGAUCCAAGGCAGUGGACUAUCUGCUCAUAGUGGCCUUGUCAUCACAUAGUCCUACCUGCGCCAUUGUCUUUCAACGCUGGCAGGAGGUCGAGGGAAGAAACGACCUCCGUUCAAUUGUUCGACGGCAUUCCGGAAUACGCUGCAAGUCGAGCGUCGCUCUUAUCCGCUUGUCGAAUUCUGCAUCAGCGCCGCCUGUUGUUCUGAAAUACGUUCAGCCUGGCGUAGCGCAUCUGCGACGUGCGUCGACAAACCUCGCUAGUAUCUCCACACUAUUCGGGGCACGCCGGGUCGCUAUGUCGACUGACAUCACCAUCCAGAGGCGCCCUUGUUAGAGCGCGUUGGCGACUAAUGAACGUCGUCGAGUUCACAACAACCGGUCUCGUAUGGUGGACUCACCGCCGAACGUC